UUCACAUCAUUGCCGUUACACAAAGAAGAGAGAGACGCCGAUAGACCGACCGAAGCACGCGACAAUGGCUUCCGGCGCGAACCCCUCCUCGUACCCCAUCAAAACGGUGGUCGUUUUGGUUCAGGAGAACCGCUCCUUCGACCACAUGCUUGGGUGGAUGAAGUCCCUGAACCCCGAGAUCGACGGCGUCACGGGCAAAGAGUCCAACCCCUUGUCCACGACGGACCCAAGUGCCGGCAGCGUCUCCUUCAGCGACGGAGCCGCCUACGUGGACCCCGACCCGGGCCACUCAAUCCAGGCCAUCUACGAGCAGGUCUUCGGCGAGCCAUGGAGCGAGGAAUCUGCCUCCAAGAAGCUGCCCCCGAAGAUGGACGGUUUCGCCCAGAACGCGGAGCGGACCGAGAAGGGGAUGGCGCAGACGGUGAUGAGCGGGUUCACGCCAGACUCGGUCCCGGUCUACAAGGAGCUGGUGAGUGAGUUCGCAGUGUGCGACCGGUGGUUCGCAUCGGUGCCCGCGUCGACGCAGCCGAACCGGCUGUUCGUGCACUCAGCAACGUCGCAUGGCGCGACGAGCAACGAUACCAAGAAGCUCAUCGAAGGGUUUCCACAGAAGACCAUAUUCGAGUCGAUGGACGAGGCCGGAUUCACGUUCGGGAUCUACUACCAGUAUCCUCCGGCCACUCUCUUCUAUAGGAACCUCAGAAAGCUGAAAUACCUGAAGAACUUCCAUCAGUUUGACCUUCACUUCAAGACUCAUUGCAGAGAAGGGAAGCUACCAAAUUAUGUGGUGGUGGAGCAGAGGUACCUCGACCUGUCGAUAUUACCUGGGAACGAUGAUCACCCUUCUCACGACGUCUCUCAAGGUCAGAAAUUCGUAAAUGAAGUGUACGAAGCAUUGAGAUCCAGCCCUCAGUGGAAUGAGAUGUUGUUCCUGAUCACGUAUGAUGAACAUGGUGGCUUUUACGAUCAUGUCCCGACCCCAGUGCAUGGCGUCCCGAGCCCCGAUGGCAUCGUCGGUCCCGAUCCAUACAAGUUUCAGUUCGACCGUCUCGGGGUCAGAGUCCCGGCCAUCUUCAUUUCUCCGUGGAUUGAUCGCGGAACAGUUUUGCAUAAGCCGAAGGGACCGCAUCAUACGUCACAGUACGAGCACUCCUCAAUAGCAGCAACGGUGAAGAAGAUCUUUAACUUGAGGCAUUUCCUGACAAAACGCGAUGAAUGGGCGGGCACCUUUGAGGUGGUCUUGAACAGAAGUAGUCCAAGAACAGAUUGUCCAGUCACAUUAUCUGAUGCUGCGAAAUUGAGAGAAGCCGGAGCUAAAGAAGAUGCGAAGCUCAAUGAUUUUCAAGAAAUCCUGGUGCAAAUGGCCGCGACAUUGAACGGGGAUCACAAGAAGGACAUCUACCCGGACAAGCUAGUCGAGAACAUGACCGUUGGCGAAGCUGCUAAGUACGUGAAGGAUGCACACGAGGCAUUUUGUGAUCACUGCCAUAAAGCCAUAGACAGUGGUGCGGACGAAGAUGAGAUUGUUGUUCUAGCGACGAGAUCGACCAGAGGAACGCCCAAAAACUUCGCUCAAAAGUUAUUUUCCUGCAUAAUCUGCGAUAACUGACGAAUCCGUUAUUUGGCAAUGUUGUGCUUUUUUUACUUAUUUGAUUCAUGUGUCUCAUCUGGAGCAUAUUACGGGCAAAUCCAUUAUUUGGUAAUAGAUUAUUUCACAGAUGAUUUGUAAUUUUCGUUAA